CGAAGAUAGUUAAAUGCUCUAAUUAUAUAUAAUUUAUUUCAAACGUUAAGAAUGAAAAUUAACAAAAUUAUAGAAAUACUUUAGCCAUAUAGCGAUUAACCUCCACGCAGAUAUUAACAGCAUAAUUUUACGCACAAAUAAAAUAAACUUUAAAAGCAAGAGGAAGUAGCAUCAGAUUUAACAAAUAUUCUCUGAAUUAAUGAAAUUUAAUAAAAAAGAAAAAUAAUGUAACAGUUUUAAUUGCACCACCUUUUUUUUGCAAUCUUACAAGUUGUACUUUGUACGUAUGUACAUGAGUGAUUAUUUUUUCAUCAAUUAAAGUAAAAUAGAAGAAUGGUAUAAAUGAAUGUUUUUAACUGUGAAACUAACAAACUAUUUAAUAAUCUAUAAUACUGAUAAUACCAAAAAGGUGUUUGAAAUUUUUUUUGUAAAUCCACGAAAAAAGAGAUAGAUUUACCGGUAAGGUUAUGCCUGUAACCUAUUAAUACAAAUUCAGUUUUCAUAAUUCUUAAGGAAAAUAUUUUAAAAUUUUAAUUUAGGCUGAGAACAACUACGUAAUUAGCUUGAUAUUUUGCAAAAAAUAAAUAAUGUUCAAGUAACGGGAAACGGAAAUGUAUUUAGUGUCAUAACUAUUCUUAAAAAAACUUGUAUUUAAAAAUUUUACACAGUUUUAAACAGUUUGCGGAGAAAAAGUAUUUAGCAACAGCUAGUUAUAUAACCAUCAGAUAUUAAUUAAUUUAUUGAUACAAAAGUAGUCGCAAUCAAGGAAAAGGAAAGUAAAAACCAUGGCAUCUUUAACGCGCAUGCGUUUAAUAAAUAGUAGGGGGAUCCUGCAAGAGGAAAUAUUCCAUAUUUUUAACCGAAGAAACUCAUCUACGACUGUUUUAAAAAAAAAGAAAAUGGGAAAACUUACUGAAGAAGAACGAGACAAUGACUUAAAACCAUUACUGACAAAUGGUUGGUCUGUGCAAGAAAAUAGGGAUGCUAUUUAUAAAGAAUUCUUAUUCAACAAUUUUAAUCAGGCCUUUGGUUUUAUGACCAGAGUUGCAUUACAGGCUGAAAAAAUGGAUCAUCAUCCUGAAUGGUUCAAUGUUUACAAUAAAGUAAACAUUACCUUAUCUUCUCAUGAUGUGAAUGGUCUAUCACCAAGGGAUAUUAAACUUGCAACUUUCAUAGACAAAGUUGCUAAAGCAGAGGGAAAGUAAAAUUUAAAUUGUAGAAUAAUUGAGUAGGUUUUAAGUUGUUUUUCAAAAAUAAUAAUUUUCGUAAAAUUAAUGUAUUGUGAAAAUUAUAUCACCAAUCUAUUACAUCAUAAAUAUAUAUGUACUGCACUUAUUCUGUUUUAUAAUUUUAAUGAAUAAAUAUAUAUUCUUCAAUUA